AUGUCAGGAAAGUACAGAGGACUCAAGGCAAAUAUACGAGCUAUAAUACCAAAUGUCAAAUGGACUCAUUGCUGCAUAUAUAGAGAAUCAUUGGCAGCAAGACAGAUGCCAGGAAAAUUGAAGAGAACACUGGAUGAGGCAGUGAAAGUAGUUAAUAUUAUAAAAGCUCAUCCUUUAAAUUCCUGUAUUUUUAGUGUUCUUUGUGAGGAGAUGGGCAAUGCCCAUGAACAACUGCUCUUGCAUUCUCAAGUGCGUUGGCUGUCUCGUGGUAAAGUACUUACCCGCAUAUUUGAGUUGCGUGAUGAAAUACGAUUAUUUCUUCAUGAUAAAUCAUUCCAUGGGAGAGUGGUUCAAUAUAUGUCUGACAUUUUUACAUAUUUGAAUGGCCUAAAUUUGAACCUACAAGGGAGAUCCAUAACUAUUUUUAAAGAUGAAGAUAAAGUGGAAGCCAUGAUCAUGAAAUUAGAUUUGUGGUCUGAACGUCUGCAGAGCGGUGUGUUUGAAUCCUUUCCGACACUCUGUGACUUUCUUGCAGUGUCUGAUGAUGACUUCUCUGAAGAAAUAAGAAACCUUUUCAUUCAGCACUUGCAAGGUUUGAAGAACAGUUUUAGGGAUUAUUUUCCUCUUCCUGAUGCCAAUAACAAGUGGAUUAGGGAUCCAUUUCAUGUAGAUGUAAAAAAUGUAAAAGAUUUAACUUCAAAUGAACAAAAGUCUUGUUGA